AUGAUGGGCAAAGUGAAGUCCCAGGGUCUGGUAUCAGACUUGAUGCCUAACAUCAAGCUGAUGCAGUUAGCUGGUCACUUUCUCUUUAACUACCAUUCAGAAAAUGGUGGUAUGGCAGUACUUUUACGUAAGGUCUACUCUAGUGUCCAUGCCAUUCUCAUUGUCACGAAUUUCGUGUGCAUGGCCAUCAAUUUGGCUCAGUAUUCCGGUGAAGUCAACGAGCUGACGGCAAACACCAUUACCGUGUUAUUCUUUACGCAUACGAUCAUCAAGCUUGUCUUCUUUGCUUUGAAUUCCAAGAACUUUUACAGAACUUUGGCCAUAUGGAAUCAGUCGAACAGCCACCCAUUAUUCACGGAGUCUGAUGCUCGAUACCACCAGAUAGCGCUCACUAAGAGUAGGAAACUUCUAUACUUUAUCUGCGGAAUGACUGUGCUAUCGGUCAUUUGCUGGAUUGUUCUAACAUUUUUCGGAGAGUCUGUUCGUGUUAUAACCAAUAAGGAAACCAACGAUACCUUGACUGAACCAGUUCCAAGGUUGCCCCUGAAGGCCUGGUAUCCUUUUAACGCCAUGGGAGGUUCUAUGUAUAUUAUUGCCUUCGCUUAUCAGGUAUACUGGCUUUUCUUCUCAAUGAUACUCGCAAAUCUAAUGGACGUGAUGUUUUGUUCUUGGCUGAUCUUUGCGUGUGAGCAGUUACAGCAUCUGAAGGCGAUUAUGAAACCUCUCAUGGAACUUAGUGCUUCUUUGGACACGUACAGACCCAAUACUGCUGAACUGUUUCGGGCUUCAUCCACGGAGAAAUCAGAAAAAGCUCCUGACUCCAUUGAUAUGGAUAUUAGGGGAAUAUAUUCUACGCAACAAGACUUCGGCAUGACACUUCGUGGUGCUGGUGGUAGACUGCAGAACUUUAAUUCAACAAAUAAUCCUAAUGGGUUAACGGCAAAGCAAGAGAUGCUUGCCAGGUCAGCAAUCAAAUAUUGGGUUGAACGUCACAAACACGUUAUUAAUGCUAUAAAUGUGUACGCAUUUAGUACCAUAGGCUACCUGAGUUACACUCUUGGACAAGUGUUUCACUUCUGCAUCUUUGGAAACAGGCUUAUUGAGGAGAGUUCAUCAGUAAUGGAAGCCGCUUACUCCUGCCAGUGGUACGACGGUUCUGAGGAAGCUAAGACAUUCGUCCAAAUUGUCUGUCAGCAAUGUCAGAAAGCAAUGAGCAUUUCUGGUGCAAAAUUCUUCACUGUCUCUCUUGAUCUAUUUGCUUCGGUACUGGGUGCUGUAGUAACCUAUUUCAUGGUGUUGGUGCAACUGAAGUAA